AUAAUAGAGUUUAGUUCACCUAACAUCGCCAAGCCGUUCCAUCUUGGCCAUCUAAGAUCCACCAUUAUUGGAGCUUUUUUGUCAAACAUUCACGAGCGACUUGGUUAUAAGUGUGUCAAAAUAAAUUAUUUGGGCGACUGGGGAACCCAAUACGGUCUGCUGGCUGUUGGCUACCAAAAAUACGGCAAUCCAAUAGAACUUGAGAGAAAUGCCGUCAAGCAUUUAUAUGAUAUUUACGUAAAAGUCUCGCAGGAGGCCAAUCACAACAAGGGAUUUCAUGCAGAAGCACGUGCUAUCUUCCGUUCCAUGUGCAGCGGAAAUAAAGAAUUACUCGACAUGUGGAGUAACUUUAGAGAGCUGAGUAUUCACGCUUACGCACAAGUUUACAAGCGGUUGCAUAUUACUUUCGACCACUUCGAGUUUGAGUCCCAGAUGGAAGCGUUUUUACCCAAAACGCUCUCCGAACUUUCAAGACUAAACUGCAUAAAGAAGACCAAUCAGGGAACUGGUUUAUACUCCGACUUUAACGGAAAAUUUUCCCCCGCUGUGUUAAUCAAAGAUGACGGCACCAGCGUCUACCUUGCACGUGACUUGGCAGCAGUUUAUUCCCGCCUCGCGACCUAUGGCGAAUUUGAUUGGAUGCUUUACGUUGUGGGGCACGCACAAAAAAUUCAUUUUUGCCAACUUUUUUACUUAUUAAAAGAGUUGGGCUUCAAUAAAAAUAAGUUUAUUCAUAUUCCUUUUGGAAAAGUUUUGGGAAUGAGCACAAGAACAGGAAAUUCAGUUUUUCUAGAAGAUAUUAUCAAUAAAUCUAAAGAACUCGUCAAAAACUACAUGAUAAAUAAUAUGCUCUCCAAAGUUUCUCGGAAAAGUAUAGAGGAAGCUUCUGAACAACUCGGCAUAUCGGCGGUUAUGGUUCAAGAUCUUAAAGGAAGUAUAGAAAAGUCAUAUGAAUUCUCGUGGGAAAGAGUUUUGAAUUUUAAGGGAUAUACAGGAAUUUAUUUGCAGUAUCAAUAUGCCCGCCUUUGCAGUAUCGAACGUGAAAAUAAAGACAUUGUGAUUGGCUCUUUUGACGAGGUGGAUAUGGAAUGCUUGCAAGGAAGUUACGUGGUUAACAUUACGCGCCUACUGGAUAUCUUUCCGGAGGUCGUUAGGGAAGCGCUAGACAGAAGAGAGCCAUCAAAAAUAGUGCAGUAUUCGUUGCAGCUCGCAAAGGCCUUUUCGAGCGCUUCGAAAAAUCUCUACGUAAAGGACCAACCAGAAAACAUAGCAAAGGCGCGCUUAUUGCUAAUUGGCUGUACAAAAACGAUCUUACAAAGUUGCUUGGAGUUACUAAAUCUGAAACCCCUCCAAAAAAUAUAG